CUUGUGUCUAGUUUCCCAGUCUAGCUUUAUAGAAAAUUAGUUCUUAGAAAGUUGCUUGCAUCAUGGAACAAACAUUAUAUUUACCAGACAAAUAUCUCUUUAGUGAACACAAUCCCACGUAUAUAGUGGUAAUAAUGAUCAUGAUGAACAAUUUGUAUAGGUAAAGACACGCGUAAUUUUUUCAUGUACAUUAUUUACACUAGGUUACUGACCUUUAUAAUGAUAAGUAUAUAUUAUGGACUAUUGGAAUUUUUAGUUUUGAAUGUUAAUAGAGUAAACUUCCCUUUAACAGACAAACUAUCUUUUCCUGUUCACAGUGGCUUUGUUGUAAACCUAUACCUAGUAAAUGGUUUUGUGCAUUCCAUUGACUUUAUCUGGUGAAAUGACAGCUAGCAUUUUUUGAUGAAUUUUAGACUUUAAACAUUUAAUCUAUCUGAUUUUUAACUAUUUUGAAUAUUAAUACAUGGACCAACCAGCAAUUGGUGUAUGUACAGCCUCAAUACAUGUACCCUGGGGUACAGCCGGGUGGGGUUUUAAUGCAGACUGAUGCUGGUGUGGUGCCACAGGGAUACCCAGCAACAGGCCAGCAACCUUCGUAUGUCCUCCAGCAGGUAACUAGAUAUAAAUAAUUAUGUACUGAUAAAAAUUACAUGAAUCCAAGUUUGGACAAACAAAGUUCUAGGCAGAGUACUUUAAACUUGGAAUAGUCAAAUGUUUUUUCCUGGUUUAGUUUGUUUUUCCGAAAACAAAUUAGUGAUUAUUCCAUUGGCAUUUUUUUUUCAGAUAUUAGGAAUUUUAUAUUUGAAAUUCUAAGAGUGACUUGCAGCUAAUUUCUCCCUACAAUAUAACCCCUGAAUCCCACAUUAAGAUAAAAAUAAUAAGGAAAAUGGUCAGCAACUAAAGAGGCUCUCGAUUGUUAAACAAAUUCUCCCUGUCAGGUACCUUAGGAAACAUUAUAUAAGGACAAUAUGGAGUAUAUGCAUACUCAUGUUUUGGUGUAAAGGGAUAAAAUGCUGGUAUGGUGAAACUAAAGCUACUGACAAUUAUACAUUCAGUAUGGUAAAGUUUUGAGCUUGAUGCAUAAAUAAAGAAAAAGUUGAGUUUGUUAGAUAUGAACCUAUUUAUGGCCCAGUUCACCUGAGUGUGCUCUCUGUAACUUAUUGGUAGAGGACAAACUCCAAGGUCUAGUGUCUAUUUCAAUAUGGGUAACCCAGAGUUUUUUGCACCAUGGAUGUGGAAAAUUGCAGAAAGUCUUCCCCCAUAUGCUGUCAAGAAUUCUGAAGUCAACAAUGUUCUAGGUCUAAAAUAUUUUAUUUCUUAUUAUUUAUUUGGCAGCCUGGCGUGGUUGCACAACCUGGAGCGGUUGCUGAACCUGGAGUGGUUGCAAAACCUGGCGUGUUUGCACAGCCUGGGGUGGUUACACAGCCAGGGAUGGCUGCACAGUCUGGGGUGGUGACACAGCCGGCGGUGGUUGGACAGCCAGGAGUGGUGGCACCGCCUUGGGUGGUUGCACAGCCUGAGGUUGUUGCAAAGCCUGGGGUGGUGACACAGCCGGCGGUAGUUGAACAGCCAGGGGUGGUGGCACAGCCCGGGGUUGUCGCACAGCUCGGGGUGGUCCCACAGUCUGGGGUGGUUGCACAGCCUGGACUGAUUGCACAACCUGGGGUGGUUGCACAGCCUGGGGUGGCAUUUCAGCAACCCACUUACUGGCCUGUUCCCUCAGGAUCCAACGCAGCUGGAGCAGUGACUUUGCCUUAUUCUGAUGUUCCCCCCAAAGUGCAGAAUCAAGCUCUGCAAGUCCAGGUAAUUAUGCUGGAAUGCAUGAGUGCAACCCUUCAGCCCUAAGGACUAACCAGAAUCUAGUUUCUCUUCACAGUUUCGCUCCUUAAUCAAACAGAAAUGAGAACAAAUGAAAUGAUGGCCAACUAAAGAAGCUCUUUGUUGUUAAUCAGAUUCUGUGUGUCAGUACCAUAAGAAAUGAGUGGAGAACACUCCGAUGGUUUUUAAAUGAGUUUUGUUGUGAAGUGACCUGUUUGUUCACUUUAGAAUUGCCUUGACCUUAGCAAACUCUUCAAACAGAAUCUCUGAGAAUCGAUUAUCUUACUUAAUAUUUCCUUAGAUUCCUGUAGCAGUAACAGACGAGGACAUUUCACCACCAUAUUCAUUUGUGCAGUCAGGCAAUGUACCACCACCAGCUUUCUCAUCUGAGGAUGCCAAUCCAAAUGGUUAAUGUCCGAUUUCAGUACAUGAAUCACCAGUUACAUCUGGAGUAUAAUUAGAGCAUGCUUUAGAAGUUUUGAGUUAGUGAGCUCUUGCAGUAGAAUGGGAAAGGAAUGGGAACCAGGGGAGAAGAGUGAAAUUAUUUGUGAUAUGAUUGUGCUUAAUCUAAUUUAGGUCAAAUUGCGUUGACCUUAGUUAGGUGAGCCUCAUGAAUUCAUGAUCAACCUCCACAAUCAGAAUUUGUAAAAACAGAUGGUCUCGCUAAAUAUUUCCGUAGAUACCUACGGCUCAAAAGGAUGAAGACAUGCCACCACCCUAUUCUCAUUAGCACAGACAGCCAAUGUACCACCACCAGCUUUCUCUUCUGCAGUUGCCAAUCCAAAUAAUUAGUGCCUGAUGUCAUUUCAUGAACGAGCGGCCACAUGUACAUCUGGAGACCUUUGUAGUUCAAUUGGAUAUUACCUUAGAAAGUUUGUGUUUGGGAGUUCUUUUAUUACAGGCGAACCUGUUUUAAGCAGCACCGUAUCAAGCAGUCACCCUUAAUUAAGCAGGCAGUUUUCAAAGUCCAAGGAUUUCCAGAAACAGUUUGAGAUUAGAUAGCUCAAUCCAAGAUUGAGAUUCAGUCAGAGUUUACUUAGAGUCAAGUUAACCUCGCUUAUUGUUCUCGAAAGUAUUUAAUGUAGCUUAGAUGUUGUAUUUACCUUUUUUACACAUUUUUCAAACAGGCUCUGAUUUUAAUUUUUCAAACUUAAGAACAUUUACACAAUUAUCAAAGCGAGUAUAAUCAAAAAAUAGAGAGGCCUUGUUUGUGCUCUGCGCAGGAUGCGACCAGAGAACGAAAGAAGUGUUGUGAGAAACACGAGACUUAGUCGAGUGUUUUAAUACUCUUAUAGAGCACGCUUAUUCAACCAAUGACAGCGCGCGUUAUAUCUGAACUUUACUUAGUCGAGUGUUUUAAUACUCUUAUAGAGCACGCUUAUUCAACCAAUGACAGCGCGCGUUUUAUCUGAACUUUACUUAGUCGAGUGUUUUAAUACUCUUAUAGAGCACGCUUAUUCAACCAAUGACAGCGCGCGUUAUAUCUGAACUUUACUUAGUCGAGUGUUUUAAUACUCUUAUAGAGCACGCUUAUUCAACUAAUGACAGCGCGCGUUAUAUCUGAACUUUAUUAUGAUAAUAUUUAGUGUCAGCAAGUUUUCAUUCAAAACUUUUCAUUUCGUUAUUAAAGGCCCCGGGUAUAAUUUGUUUUUGUUUUCAAAGUGCUUUUAAAUGAAAUAAAUUAGUGACGGCGAGUUGAUAGUAGUUGCCGGCAAGGUGAAUGCUGUUAAAUGCAAGUUGGUUUUUAUCGAGUCAAUAUGUCGGCAAAGUGAUCGGUAACUGUUUUUAAGUAUUUUGACCAUGGUAAUACUUAAGUUAUAGCUUUAAAUAGACUUUUCUAAUUUUGUGAAUUAUUUUUAAUUUGUUCAGUUUUGUAGGGUCGGCCCCAUAGUAAUAACUUAGUAGCCGUAACAUGUAGAUGUAAAAUUACAUAUUAAAACAAUAAAUAUUAAACAUGCUGUUUCUUUUUCUUUGUUUGCUCGCCAAAGUGAAUUAACCCUUUAACUCCCGGAUCAAAUUUGUAAUUCUCCUUACUGUCGACCAUACAAUUCAUAUAGUUAGCUCAGAGAAUUUAGUAUUGGAUCAACUAAUUAUCAAUAAAUUGAUGUUUAACUUU